CAUCCUGAGGGCAUUACACAAGGAAGCGAUGCAGUAUCACGCUCUAUAGUAACGUUAUAUUGGCAGGGGUGCCCCUAGUAAUCUUGGGCCCUUGCAUAAUUCAGGCUCUGGCCUGAAUUUCUGAGUUUUCCAAGAGUUUUUUGCUAGUAGUCAGUGAUGUAUUUUAUGGCUAGACAAGUAUACGCGGAAUAAACAGAGUUUUGCUAUGAAUUUCCCAUGACCAGAGUAGCAGAGCCCUUCCUCACACCAUACCUAAUUGGACCACACAAGAACAUCUCUGGAGAAGUGGUGACCAACUACUUGUUCCCUAUCUGGACGUACUCCUACCUCGCCUUCCUGUUUCCUGUCUUCCUCUUGACUGACUUCCUGAGGCAUAAGCCCCUCAUUAUGGUACAGGGGCUCUCCUUGGUCACCAACUACGUCCUGCUCUGCUUUGCCCCGGGUCUGCCUGCUAUGAUCUUCCUUCAGGUCAACUAUGCUGUGGUGACUUCCACAGAGGUGGCCUACUUUUCCUACAUUUACAGCGUGAUUCCAGUUGAGAAUUACCAAAGAGCCACUGGUUACCUGCGCAGUACCAUGCUGGCUGGAUAUACAAUUGGUGCCAGCCUGGGCCAAGUGCUCAUCUCCCUGGCAGGAGUGGACUACUUCUACAUAAAUGCUAUCACUCUGGGGAUUGUAAGCAUGGCAUUUCUCGUCUCCUUCUGGUUGCCCAUGCCCCAGAGGAGCCUGUUCUUCAAAGGGAAAACGGCUGCAGCUGUGGGCUCGCAGUCCCAACAGGAGGGGCCGCUGGGAGCCGACGAGCCUGAGGAGCCAGUGAUGGAUAAGAAUGAAGCUGGCUCAGGGAAAGAGAAGAUGGAGCAUAAUGGCAGUGCUGGCUGGUGCAGCCGGGAAAAUGUGGUCACUGCGGGCCAUCUACUUUGGCAAAGCUUCAGGGGGGCGUAUUCUUCCAGGCAUUUAAUCUACUGGUCCCUGUGGUGGGCUCUGGCCACAGCUGGCUACGUGCAGGUUUUCAACUACAUCCAGCUGAUGUGGGACCACAUAGAACCAUCUGCCACAUCAUCCAUCUACAAUGGAGGUGUAGAGGCUGCAUGCUCUCUUGUGGGUGCUGCAGCGGCCUUCUCCGUGGGCCACAUCAAGGUGACCUGGGCUGUGUGGGGAGAGCUGGCAUUAGGGUUGUUCUCAGCCGUAGGGACUGGUGCAGUGUUUCUGAUGGCGCUCACCAGCAGUAUCUGGGCAUGCUAUGCUGGUUAUGUCAUAUUCAAGUCCUGCUACAUGCUUCUCAUCACCAUCACAACAUUUCAGAUCGCAUCCAACCUCUCCAUGGAGUGCUAUGCUUUGACGUUCGGGAUCAACACUUUUGUAGCCCUCUCGCUGCAGACCUUCAUUACAGGCAUUGUUGUUGAUGAAGCUGCACUGGGACUGGACAUCGUGACGCAGUUCAUCAUCUACGGCAGCUACUAUGCUGUCAUCUCGGUGCUGUUUCUGGUUCGAGGGACCUACACCGCCUGUGUAAGACAACGCAGUCCUGAGCAAAGAGAAACCAAGGAGCAAGAGUCCAGCGUGGAGGUGAUCUCUGCUGAACGUUUCUGACCGAGGUCAACAAACCGUAUAGUCUUGAUCUGUUCCAUUUGUUUAUGGGGAAUAAAAUAAUCAUACAUCAACAGCA